CCAACUUGAACAAAUCCGGCAACAUGCCUCCCGGAUCUAGAGUAAUACCUCGCCUGAAAAUGACAGACAGAUCAAGCCUUUGUUCUCGUGGAACAUCAGUUACUGGAAAUGGUAUUAAAGAAGCCAAGGAAAAGCCUCAUCAUCUACAAAGUACUGCCACAACAAUGUCUACCUUCCCAGUUGAUGAGGCUAAAGAAGAUAAAAAGGUGUCAUGGGAGACAAUGUUACCAAGUAACAGAACAAACACAAUAGAUAUUAGAACAUGGGGGAAAACUACCUCCAGAACUAGACAAAUGUCUACUCUUCGUCAUGGUGGCACUCCAACUGAUGAAGUUGAAUUGGGGAUGAUGCCUGAUCUCUCUGAGGGUCUACCCAAUGAAGAAGAAAUGUGGCAAAAAAUGCAACAGAUACGAUCCCUUCCCAUCACUAUGGGAGAAAAAAGGAUCCUAAAAGCUGAAUUAAGGGUUGCACAAAACCUUCGCGUUCACGGUUUGGAAUUGAUUCGAUUCCGAAAACGACAAAUUUGGCACAGAGUACAGUCUUCUGCGUUACAAAUUUUAUCAUUUUUCUCUCCAUGGAAACAAACAAUCCGUUCAAUUGAAGCCAACUUUGGCACAGGAGUCGGAUCAUAUUUCCUCCUUAUCAGAUGGCAGAUGCUACUAAAUUUUUUCAUUACGUUUUUCGUGGUGGCAUUGAUUCUUGUUCCAUGGGAAAUUGGGCAAAGUUCGUGUACAAACCUAAAUUUCACCGUAUUGUCUCCAUCACAGUCGGCAUUAGAUGGAUGCAGUCGAUCUAACAAUGCCUCUUCCUGCAAUGAUGAAUGUAUGGCCAGAAACGAUAGUUGCUGGCUUGAAUAUCGUGAAUCGGUCAUGACGACGAUAGCAAAUCAUUCUUCACAGCCACUAUUAUUGAUUCAAGAUGCGGUGCAAGGCACUGGAUGGUUGGAGUAUACAGUAGCAUUUUACGGAUACUACCAACCGGCAUUCCUUCCGUGGGGGAAUGAUCAAAUCUACAAUUUUGCGUUGGCUUAUGAACUCAUUGUCUACUUCCUCCUACUCUUCAGUUUGACGUGCAUGGCCAAGUCGGUUGCCACUGGCUUCAAAGACAAUAUCGGACUUGGCAGGUCAUGGCUUCAUCAGUUUUCCGAUUUAGCUUUUACGUCAUGGGACUAUUGCAUCGACAGUUCCGAAGUUGCCCACCUUAAAAAAAAGGCCAUUCUACAUGCUUUUCGGGUAGCUUUGGCUGAUAAAGCAUAUGCCACCGAGAAAGCAGAGAGAAAUAUGCGGGAAAAAAUUUACCUUUUCUUGCUAAGGCUUUCAGUCAACCUUCUUGUUAUUGGAACCUUGAGUCUAGCUGGCUAUAUCAUUUAUCUGGUCACAUCAUUUUCAGAAAGAUUUCGGGGGAGUAUUCAAGGAGAAACCGGCUCAUUUUCGAAUCCUGAAGAUUUCCAAAUCUUAAUGAUAGGAUUUCUACCGUCUAUUAUUAUAACUGCGCUGAAUUUUUUAGUGCCGAUCCUCUUUCGAGCCGUCGUUCGAUUCGAGCGUUUCAGUGCUACUUUUGAAAUUAAGCUCACUCUAGUGAGAACCGUUAUGCUCCGAUUGGCUUCUCUUUUGGUACUUGUUUUGACUCUGUACGGCAGCUUGAAGAAGAGAGGACCUAACUGCAAUUCCGAUCAAGAUGCACCAUGCUGGGAAACAUAUGUCGGUCAACAACUCUACAGGCUUUGCCUAUUUGACGUUUUCGUCACAUUCUUCAUUACGCUUCUGAUCGAGUUUCCUUUGGCACUAGUCUUCCGUCGUUCGGUGCCUCCCACAAGUCGUUGGACAUGCAUAGCUAAUCCCGAAUUCAAUCUAGUCGGAAGCACCCUUGAUAUUACUUACAGUCAGUCAAUCUGUUGGCUGGGAAUGUUCUACUGCCCAAUUUUGCCAAUUAUUACUACAGUCAAAUGUUUCAUUGUUUUCUACGUCAAAUAUUUCAGCCUGUUGUUAUACUCGUCCCCACCCUCUCGCAUUUAUGGUGCAUCAAGCUCCACGUCUCUUUUCAUGAAUGUCUUAUUGGUAUCUUUUAUUUCUUGUGUUCUUCCUUUGGGAUAUCACGUCACCUCAUUGCAGCCCUCAGUCUCCUGUGGACCUUAUCGUGGUUUUGGUACUGUUUGGUCGGCAAUAUCCAAUGAGGUUGAUGCAUUGUCGGAUACGUUUAAAAAAAUUCUUUUCUUCUUCGGAUCAGCGGGGUUUUUUGUUCCUGCUAUUUUGAUUUUACUUGUCGCUCUCUAUUACUAUCGCUCUAAAGCGGUAGCGCAUCGUGCCGUAGUCGAGUCUCUUACUUCGCAACUAGUUCUCGAAGCUGAAGAUAAACAUUUUUUGAUUGCUAGGCUAUCUGCCGUUGGUAAACAGCAUGUACAAGUUUGAAUGUUACAAACAGCGCACCUCAUCAAAGAAAAAAAAACCCAGACUUGGUUCUCAUUGUUUUUCAUGUACUAAAUUUUCUAGAUCGCUAAAAGCCAAAGUUGUAAUAUCUAUUCCAGCUCAAACUUAGUUAAAUGUCCGUGUAUUUCAUCAUUAAUGGCGUCGAAAGAAACAAAUUUAAAAAAUAAAAAAAAGAACGGAAACCCUGAAAUGAAGUUUCUCACAAUGAAUUACACUCGCCGACGGCUGAAUAUUUUUUGUUUCAUGAAAA